GAUUCAUUUUAUAAGCUCAAAUAUAAUUAUUUUUCAGACUAAGAAUAUUUAGGGGAAAAAGUAUUUUCAACAUCUCUGCUGAGGAUCUUACAAUGUAGCACAGGGUAUAAGCUGGAGCUAAAGGAAGCUUUCCUUGAAACAGUAUUUACUAAAAAUUGGAAGACAUUCCUUAGGACAAAUAAAAGUAUGGCACACAACAUCCAAACUUCCAUCAUAGAUGCAGAGUUGUUACUAUCUCGCACUCCCAAAUUUGUUUGUCACAUUGAGGAUUACUCAAGAGGAGCAGGACAUGUUGGUUGCAGCAGAAGAAACUUGAAAGCACUCACUUUUAUGGAAUUCAUAAGGGACAGAAUCUCUUAAAGUAUUUAGAAUCUCUUUGAUACAUUUAUUGUUUUAAAACAUAAUGUAGCCAAAUGUCUUCCUCUGUAUUAAAUCUUUACAAAACUGAAAUCCUAAAAUGGUGAUAAAAAUUCUACUUCUGGUAGAAUCUAUUCGUUUUUCCAAUAAGAUAGGGCAUAAUUCUUAAUUUGCAGAACAAAAUAUAAUAUGCUUAUGAGAUUCCAUCCCAAAGAACCUGCUAUUCAGAGUAGCAUUCAUAAUAACGGGUGGAAAAGCCAACUCCAGAGUUUCAGAUCCUACCCGUAAUUGGGGUAGGGAGGGGCUUUGGGCGGGGCCUCUCUAGAGGAGGAGGCGUUGUUAGAAAGCUGUCGGGCCAGUCCAAAGCUGUCACUAAUCGGGGUAAGCCUUGUAUAUGUGCAAGGACUCUGGCGUCUGGGUAGCACUCUCAAUGAGAACUAGCUUCACUUGUCAUUUGAGUAAAAUCUGCAACCGGAGGAGGCUAGAGCUCCCUCACUGCUGGGAACUGAGAUCUUCAGAAAUGACUGGCACCGGCUGUAGGGAGCCGUGAGAAGCACGACCUUCCCUGAGAGAGGUCCGACUGGCCCCAGGGUUUUAAUGAGAAGUGCAGUGGAACUCAGCGAGGGAUUGAGAACUUCACAGCAUGCGCGAGUUUGAUGCCAGAGAAAAAGUCGGGAGAUAAGGAGCUGCGUGUCCCUCGAUUGCCAUCGCUGCCGCAGCCACUCAAGUGCCGGACUUGUGAGUACUCUGCGUCUCCAGUCCUCGGACAGAAGCCGGAGAACUCUCAUGGAGAACUCUCCCAGUUAAGAGUCGAGAUCCCUACAAUAACUACUUUUUCUUGCUCUCCCCACUUUUUGCUCUCUGGGACAAACGACAGCUACUAUUCUCCUGACGACACGAUGGAAGCCAAGGGCAGGAGCUGACCAGCGCCGCCCUCUCCCACCCCCGACCCAGGAGGUGGAGAUCCCUUUGGUCCAGCCACAUUCAACACCCACAUUCCCCUCCCUCUCCCCCUAUAUUCCCCAAAACCCCCUCCUUCUUCGCUUUUCCCUCCUCCCUGGAGACGGGGGAGGAGAAAAGGGGAAUCCAGGUCGUCAUGACUGAGCUGAAGGCAAAGGGUCCCCGGGCUCCCCACGUGGCGGGCAGCCCGUCCUCCCCCAAAGUCGGAUCCCCACUGCCGUGUCGCCAAGCUGCAGGCCCGUUCCCAGGGAGCCAGACCUCGGACACGUUGCCUGAAGUUUCUGCCCUACCUAUCUCCCUGGACGGGCUACUCUUCCCUCGGAUCUGCCAGGUACAGGACGCCCCCGACGAAAAGACACAGGACCAGCAGUCCCUGUCGGACGUGGAGGGUGCAUAUUCCAGAGGUGAAGCUACAAGGGGUGCUGGAGGCAGCAGUUCUAGACCCCCAGAAAAGGAAAGCGGACUGCUGGACAGUGUCUUGGACACUCUGUGGGCGCCCUCAGGUCCGGGGCAGAGCCAACCCAGCCCUCCUGCCUGCGAGGUCACCAGCUCUUGGUGCCUGUUUGGCCCCGAACUUCCCGAAGAUCCACUGGCAGCCCCCGCCACCCAGAGGGUAUUGUCCCCGCUCAUGAGCCGGUCCGGGGGCAAGACUGGAGACAGCUCCGGGAUGGCAGCUGCCCAUAAGGUGCUGCCCCGGGGCCUGUCACCCUCCCGGCAGCUGCUGCUCCCGACCUCUGGGAGCCCUCAUUGGUCCGGGGCCGCAGUGAAGCCGUCUCCGCAGCCCGCUGCGGUGGAGGUAGAGGAGGAGGAUGGCUCCGAGUCCGAGGACUCUGCGGGUCCGCUUCUGAAAGGCAAACCUCGGGCUCUUGGUGGUGCGGCGGCUGGCGGAGGAGCCCCGGCUGUCCCGCCGGGGGCGGCUGCAGGAGGUAUCGCCCUGGUCCCCAAGGAAGAUUCCCGCUUCUCAGCGCCCAGGGUCGCCCUGGUGGAGCAGGACGCGCCCAUGGCGCCCGGGCGCUCCCCGCUGGCCACCACGGUCACGGAUUUCAUCCACGUGCCCAUCCUGCCUCUCAGUCACGCCUUAUUGGCCGCUCGCACCCGGCAGCUGCUGGAGGACGAGAGCUACGACGGCGGGGCCGGGGCCGCCAGCGCCUUUGCCCCGCCGCGGAGCUCACCCUCCGCCUCGUCCACCCCGGUCCCUGGCGGCGACUUCCCCGACUGCGCGUACGCUCCCGACGCCGAGCCUAAGGACGACGCGUACCCUCUCUAUGGCGACUUCCAGCCGCCCGCCCUGAAGAUCAAGGAGGAGGAGGAAGGCGCGGAGGCCUCCACGCGCUCCCCGCGUUCCUACCUGGUGGCCGGUGCCAGCCCCGCCGCCUUUCCGGAUUUCCCGCUGGGGCCACCGCCCCCACUGCCGCCACGAGCGCCCCCAUCCAGACCCGGGGAAGCGGCAGUGACGGCUGCACCCGCCAGUGCGUCCGUCUCGUCCGCGUCCUCGUCGGGGUCGACCCUGGAGUGCAUCCUCUACAAAGCGGAGGGCGCGCAGCCCCAGCAGGGCCCGUUCGCGCCGCCGCCUUGCAAGGCACCGAGCGCCGGGGGCUGCCUGCUCCCGCGGGACGGCCUGCCCUCCACCUCUGCCUCCGCCGCCGCCACCGCCGCCGGGGCGGCCCCUGCGCUGUACCCUGCCCUCGGCCUCAACGGGCUCCCGCAGCUCGGCUACCAGGCCGCUGUGAUCAAGGAGGGCCUGCCACAGGUCUACCCGCCCUAUCUCAACUACCUGAGGCCGGAUUCAGAAGCCAGCCAGAGCCCACAAUACAGCUUCGAGUCAUUACCUCAGAAGAUUUGUUUAAUCUGUGGGGAUGAAGCAUCAGGCUGUCAUUAUGGUGUCCUUACCUGUGGGAGCUGUAAGGUCUUCUUUAAAAGGGCAAUGGAAGGGCAGCAUAACUACUUAUGUGCUGGAAGAAAUGACUGCAUCGUUGAUAAAAUCCGCAGAAAAAACUGCCCAGCGUGUCGCCUUAGAAAGUGCUGUCAGGCUGGCAUGGUUCUUGGAGGUCGAAAAUUUAAAAAGUUCAAUAAAGUCAGAGUUAUGAGAGCACUAGAUGCUGUUGCUCUCCCACAGCCAGUGGGCAUUCCAAAUGAAAACCAAGCCCUAAGCCAGAGAUUCACUUUUUCACCAACUCAAGACAUGCAGUUGAUUCCACCACUGAUCAACCUGUUAUUGAGCAUCGAACCAGACGUGAUCUACGCAGGGCAUGACAACACAAAACCUGACACCUCCAGUUCUUUGCUGACAAGUCUUAAUCAACUAGGCGAGAGGCAACUGCUUUCAGUAGUCAAGUGGUCUAAAUCACUGCCAGGUUUUCGAAAUUUACAUAUUGAUGACCAGAUAACUCUCAUUCAGUAUUCCUGGAUGAGCUUAAUGGUGUUUAGUCUCGGAUGGAGAUCCUACAAACACGUCAGUGGGCAGAUGCUAUAUUUUGCACCUGAUCUAAUACUAAAUGAACAGCGGAUGAAAGAAUCAUCAUUCUAUUCAUUAUGCCUUACCAUGUGGCAGAUCCCACAGGAGUUUGUCAAGCUUCAAGUUAGCCAAGAAGAGUUCCUCUGUAUGAAAGUAUUGUUACUUCUUAAUACAAUUCCUUUGGAAGGACUAAGAAGUCAAACCCAGUUUGAGGAGAUGAGAUCAAGCUACAUUAGAGAGCUAAUCAAGGCAAUUGGUUUGAGGCAAAAAGGAGUUGUGUCUAGCUCACAGCGUUUCUAUCAACUUACAAAACUUCUUGAUAACUUGCAUGAUCUUGUCAAACAGCUUCAUCUGUACUGCUUGAAUACAUUUAUCCAGUCCCGGGCACUGAGUGUUGAAUUUCCAGAAAUGAUGUCUGAAGUUAUUGCUGCACAGUUACCCAAGAUCUUGGCAGGGAUGGUGAAACCCCUUCUCUUUCAUAAAAAAUGAAUGUCAGCUUUAUCUUUUAAAGAAUUACAUUUUGUGGUAUAUCUUAUUGUUUUGGUCAGGAUUAUGAGGUCAUGAGUUUUUAUAAUGUUCUUCUGAAAGCCUUACAUUUAUAACAUAUCAUAGUGUGUACAUUUAAGAGAAAAAUUGUGGGGUUCUAAUUGUUUUCCUUUAUAAAAUAUAAUUAGAAUGUUGUAACUGUUUUGUGUACCCAUAUUUUUUUGAAGAAUUUACAAGACUGAAAAAGUACUAAAAUUGAUUGUUAAAGUAAACUAUAUCUUAUCCAUAUUAUCUCAUACCAUGCAGGUGAGGAUUUUAAACUUUUGCAUCUAACAAGUCAUCUACUUAAGAGAAAAAAAUCUAACCUGUGAUAAGACAAAGCUAUUAUAUAAGUUAUUUCUCAAUUAUAUUGAGUUAUGUCUCAAUUAUAUUUCCAAAAAAAUGAACCUUUAAAAUGGCAUGCAAAAUUUUGUCUACAUAUUUGUGUGAGGAGGAAAUUUCAUAACCUUCUUCAGAUUUUCAAAAGUAUUUUUAAUGCAAAAAAAAAAAAGAGAAAGAGUUGAAAACAGCUAAGACAGAUUGAUGUUCUUCAAACUAGGCCAAACAACUCGUAUGUAAAACAAUUUUCCAGAUUGGAAACACAAAUCUCUUAGGAAGUUAAUAAGUAGAUUUAUAUUAUUAUGCAAAUAGUAUUGUGGGUUUUGUAAGUUUUUAAAAUAACCUUUUUUGGGGAAGGCAUUGUCCUCUAAUGAGGUAUUACCAAUGG